AUGCAUUCUCAAUAUCUCUCUGCCCUCGCGCUCGCUUUGCCGGUCGUUGCGGGCUAUACUUCGACACUUGGCUGCUACUCCAAGGUUCCCGCACUGACGAGCCAGACCGUGUAUAUCUACCAGAACUAUGGCUAUUGCACAGAUAAAUGCUCCGAGGGCGGAUACCGCGUUGCCGCCUUGAGCUCCGGCAAGAAGUGCGCCUGCUCUAACGAGCUCCCCGACGAUUCCGCAAAGGUGGAUGCUGAUAAGUGCAAUGUGACUUGCGAAGGGUGGCCUGAGGAUAACUGCGGCGGUAACGGAUUCUACACCGUUCUCAGCACGGGUGAUUACUCCAGCUCCAACUCGGACUCGGCCUCGGACUCGGACUCGGAAUCCAACUCAGCUUCGACAGACACCAUCAUCAUGGCUGCUGCAACCUCUACCACCUCUUCUCCCUCCACCGCUGGCGGCGGAAUCGUUGUCGCACCCACAAACAUCAACGAGUCCAACGUACCCACCAACAUCCUGACCGCACCGGCAUCUAUGGUCUCCAAGGCUAGCGCUAGCGCCUCGGCCAUUGCCACCGCAAAUGCAAAAGUCACCUCUGCCCCUGGCAUCGUUGCCGCGAACCCGAGCUCUACACCUUCCUCUACCCCCAAUGCCGCCGCCACUCUCCGCGCUGGCCCCAUCGCCGGUGCUUUCGUUGCUGGCCUUGGUCUGCUUCUGUAA